CUCCGCCGCUGGCUCCCCGCGUUCCCGCGCGCGCGCGCCUGCUCCUCCCCGGCGCCCCCGCCCCGAGGGUCCCCUCCCCGGCGGCGGCCGCACAGCCCUGCCCAGAGGGGCGGCUCCAGGUGUGGCCUCCGCGAGAAAAUGGAGCCCGGAGCCAGACCGAGCGGCUCGGGCCGGGAGGAGGGAGGCACCCGGGGGACGCCCGCCCCGCGCCGCACGCGCACCUGGAGCCCUGACGGCCCCGGGCUGGGAACUCCGAAUGACCGGCCCCGCCCCGCCGCCUCCCCUCCCCGAGCCCCUCUCCGCCGAGGGCGGCCGGCUCUCUGCGCCCCAGGCCGCCGAGGUGACCGUGCGCUAGGUGGCCGCGCGCGGGGCCCAGGUGGCGCCGAGGAGAAGGACGAGCGACGCGCGGACCCGUGUCCUCCGCGCGGCCUGCUGUCCGGGCCAGCUGUCCGGGAGCGAAGGUUCUGGAGCCGGAUUCCGGUGGUGGUCUCCGUGAAGGCUUCUCACCUCCUUCCCACGGCCCCUUCCCACAGGUGAACUUCUCUUAAUUUCUACUGAAACAGUAUCUGAAUGAGUCAUACCUUUGGAGAGAGAGUCACGCCCAUUUCAUGCAGAAUCAGCUACAAUAAAGAAAUGAUGAAUUCUGCAUUCAAGCUCAGUGACUCCUGUUUCGGUGAGAGCUGCAGUUUCAGUAAGUGGCAUCAUCAUUACUCUCAAAGUUUGGUGAGCUGCUGCUAUCUUCUGGACAUGGGACCAGGUGCAAGGGAUGGAAAGAUAUUUAGGUCAAGUUGUUUAUGCUCAAAGAUUUUUUUUUUUUUGCUCUUAUUUUAGUAGUUUAGGAGGCAGAUUAAAAGCAAAAAUAAAAGUUAUAUAUUGUAAGAUAAUAUACGAAGACAGUGAUAAAGGUGGUAAGAAGAUAGGUAAGAAUUUCAUGACAUGUCUAGAUCUUGAUUUUUAACUAAGAUGCAAGGUAGAACAAAUUCUGAUCUCUGGAAAAAAAUGUGACUAAAUAUUCAGAAUUUGAUGAGGUGAUAGGCAACCUCCUGUCUCUCUCUUUCUAUCCAUGUCACAUUUGGCAGUGGCUAUUUGUUCCUUAAUUUGUAUUUUGACUUCAUUUGCUUUAGAUCAGGUUCCUAACUUCAAGACUUGAUCAAUAUAAUAAUUGUCUUCUUUAUCUUUCUGGAGUUGAGCUCAUAAUGUUACAGCUAUUUAAAAAUAUAUCUCAAAGCUUUUCUUGGUGUGUAAGUAGGGCUGGUGAAUUUUUUUGGUUAAGGGCAGAUAGUAAAUAUUUUAGGCUUUGGAGGUCAGAUACAGUUUCCGUCUUGAGCAUUCAGUUCAGCCAAUGGAGUUUGGAAACAGCCAUAGGAAAUAGAUGAAUGAAUGCAUGUGGCUGUGUUCCAGUAAAACUUUAUUUCCAAAAAAGUGGCAGGUCAGAUUUGGCCUGAGAGUCAUAGUUUACUGAUCUUUGGUCCAAAGCCAUGUUUCUCAAACAGGAAGUUCAUCACAUAUUCUUGGAGUCCUUGUGUUCUUUAAGGAAUUGAAAUGUCAUAUAUUGAUUUGAAUGGCAAUUUAAAAAGCACAUACAGAUGUUUUCCAUGUUUUUGAUGACUGCCUCAUACAUUAAUACUCUACCUGAUUUCUGUGCUAGUGGUUGUAUUUUGUGGUAAAGUAGUAAUACUUUAAUUUCUCCAAACAGUUGUAAAAAGGACAGAAAAAAUUCAAUAUAUAAACAAUAUGUUUGGAUCAGAUGAGGGCUAAAUGGCUUCCUAAUUUACUGUCUGGAAAAAAGUAUCACAGUAACUGGAAUAGAGAAAAGUAGUAACAACUGAAUAAUCACAGUUCACACUGUGUGCUCAAAUAAAUAUGUACAUAGGUCUACUAGUAUAUGUUUUCAUAGCUAUAAGUUCUGUUUAUGUUGUUAGUAGUAAUUUUGUUUGUGAAAAAUUAAUUUUCCUUAUUGCAUUAAUGCUAAUUUGAAUCUUAUUGGUUAGUUUUAUUUCUAUUUUUAGAUUUUAUUGUUGUCUAUAAAGCAUAAAGUAGUUCAAGAAAAAUUAAUCUAUAAGAAAAAAGUCAAACCCUGCAGUCUAGUACUCAAGGUUCUUAACAUGUGUUCUUGCAUCUCAUCACUUUUCUCCAUGAAUACUCUGCAACAGCCCCACAGAACUGCUCGUCAUGCCUGAACAUGCUUUAUGCUUGCUCA